GCCUGCUUCUUUGGGGAGCUGUACUUCCCCAAACAUGUCCUGACACCUCUGGAGUUAAGGCAAGGACCUUCCGGUCCUACUUGUCCUGCAUCUUCUCCAGAAUUGGCACAAUCAUGUCAAACUUGGGCCGCUUGGCAGGGUCUUCAUUCAUGCAAAUCUUCAUGAGCUUACACACAUGAGGGGAAAUACCUGGUGGGAUGGUAGGCCGAAGGCCUUCCAGUGCCACCUACAAAUAGGAGGAAAAAUGAGGUGAGUCUCAGAAUUUGAGUCUGUCGUGUAAGCAGAGGCCUCUGGCCCUUGGACAGAAUGUCACAAAAUGUGGGAAGAGCCUAGGCCCACUACAGUGAUCAUUACCACCAUUGCAACACAAGUGUAUGCAGUUCUAUACUCACCUUCAUUCCAAUCUCCAUAUUGGAGAGGUCAGCAAAGGGUACCUCUCGUGUCACCAGUUCCCACAGAAGCACUGCAAAACUCCACAUGUCUGCUGAACGUCUGUUUGUGUCUUCAGGCUUCUUCUGCAGAGCUGGAGGGAUAGCCCUUGUCUGUUCCAGCUGGCUAGCCUAUCCUGUCUGCCCCCUCUAUUAUUGAGCUGGUCCUUCUCUACCUCCCAACGUGAUGCCCUCACCCACCUUCAGGGGCCACCCAGGCAGGUGCAUACAUGCGCCCAGGGCAUUGGAAAGAAAACUUGACAUCGGCCAUGCUGAUUCGGGCAGUCAUGUCCUCGUCAAUCUGAGGAACAGAAGAUACAUGGAAGGAGCCCACGAGAGCCUACACUCGAUGGUUCCUGCGCCACGCAGGCCGCUCUAGCAGCCGCUGUCUUUACUCUUUGGUUUCCGGCUGCGCCUGGCGGGUUUGGACUUUUUGACUCCAGAGACACGCUCUGCACGUGGAGAGGAGGGUGGACUGUGCGACCCUGCCCUUGAAACCCCCAUGUUCGAGGAGCCUGAAUGGACCGAGGCGGCCCCAGUAGCCGCGGGCCUUCGGCCGGUAACGCCACAGCCUCGGCCAGCUGCAACCUCGCAAAUCAAGGGCUCCAAGCGCCGCCAGCUUUUCGCCACAUUACGGACCCUAGAAGCAGCAUCUCUUUCCCAGCAACCCCCUGAUAGCCUACCUGGCAGUGACUAUGAAGAGGAGGAGGUGGUGGUAGAAAGGAAGAAGAAACACCCAAAGACCUUGUUUGCCAGUUCCUCUACUAAAGUAGGGGGGAAAAGGAAGAAAAAAUGUCAAAAACAGGGCCCACCUUGCAGUGACUCUGAGGACAAGGAAGUAGAAAGGAAGAAGUGCUGCAAACAAACUUUUGACAGUGAUUCUGCUGAAAAAGAGAAGAGAAAGAGGAAAUGCCAAAAACAGUCUUCUUCAAACCUAACCCAACACCUGGAUAGUGUUGACCAAACAGAUCACAAAACCUGGAAGAGUAGUGCUACAGUUAACCUACCCAAACUGAGCCCUGGUUCUGCUUCCCCUAAACAACCGCAUACUUUGAGCCGUAAGCAGUGGCGGAACCGGCAGAAGAACAAGCGGAGACACAAAAACAAAUUUCGUCCACCUCCAGCACCAGAUGAGCUUCCUGCUAAAGCCUCUACAGAGGAGACAGAGGUGGCUCCUGCCCCUAGGCCAAACAGCCAAGAGACUCGGGCAGAAGCACUACGAGCCCGCAUGGCCCAACGGCUGGAUGGGGCCCGAUUUCGCUACCUCAAUGAACAGCUAUACUCAGGGCCCAGCAGUGCUGCACAGCGUCUCUUUCAGGAAGACCCUGAGGCUUUUCUUCUCUAUCAUCGUGGCUUCCAGAGCCAAAUGAAGAAGUGGCCACUGCAGCCAGUAGACCGCAUUGCCAGGGAUCUUCGCCAGCGGCCUGCAUCCCUGGUAGUGGCUGACUUUGGCUGCGGGGAUUGCCGUCUGGCUUCAAGUGUCCGCAACCCUGUGCACUGCUUUGACUUGGCCUCUCUGGACCCCAGGGUCACUGUGUGUGACAUGGCCCAGGUGCCUCUGGAGGAUGAAUCUGUGGAUGUGGCUGUAUUUUGCCUUUCGCUUAUGGGAACCAACAUCAGGGACUUCCUGGAGGAAGCAAAUCGGGUGCUGAAGCCAGGUGGUCUUCUGAAAGUGGCUGAGGUCAGCAGCCGCUUUGAGGAUGUUCGGGCUUUUCUGGGGGCUGUAACCAAACUGGGCUUCAAGGUCAUCUCCAAGGACCUGACGAACAGCCACUUCUUCUUGUUUGAUUUUGAAAAGACUGGGCCCCCUCGUGUAGGGCCCAAGGCUCAACUCUCAGGCCUGAAACUUCAACCAUGCCUGUACAAGCGCAGGUGACCUCUGGACAUCCCUAAAACAGGAGGCAGGUUCAGAAUUCUCAAGACUGUAUCCAGCCAGGCUGUGAGCUAGGACCUAGUAUUGCCUUCCCUCUGUCCCAAGAACAAACUGUGAUAAAACCCGUGGCCCAACUCUACACUAGUGAAAUCGCAGUUACAAGAAGCAUAACAUCCCUUGGGCAAGCUAAGGAAUAAGGAGUUUGCUGUGAGAAAAGGAAGAUAUCUGAGAAACAAAGAUCUUUAGACAUCAUGAAAACUAGUGGGUUUGGAAUUGAAGGAUCUCUGGAUUUGGUUCUUCUUUCCAUCUCUCAGAAGGCACAUGGGCUUUUUGUCCUGAUCUCUCCACUGUGCUCUCUUCUGAUCUGUACUGACCAGUCCCUGCUUACCUUCUGGUUGUACAACUUCAGUCUACCCAGACCUUCAAGACUGCAGACAGGCAGCUCUUUAUGUCAUGGCAAUUACAAUCUUGGCCUACCAUUUAGAGCUGGAAGUCAUUUAAUCUCUCAAUAUCACAUUUCUUUCUUGGAGAGUGGUAAAAUUUCUGUCUUAUAGCAUAGUUGUCUGGGUUAACUGAGGAGGUCUAUAGCCAGAACUGGAAAUAUUGGUGGUGCUCAAUAAACUAACUCUGUCUAUUGUAUGCUGUAAGUCUUAUUGUUCUUUGAAGACCUUUCCUGGACCAGGUAGAAGGUUGAAGGGAAAGUAAUAGAUUUGCUGAAAAAGUCUAGGAGACUUCAGGUUAAGUCUUUCAAGAAACUAAUUUCAUGGGAUGCUUAAUGUAUUUUGAGCUGUCCUUGGAGAGCGGUAGUCCAGGAGUUGAGUUUCUUUCUGUUCAUAUACAACUAGUUGAUGUCAUACUGGGAUAGGGAAUUGUGCUACUCAUUGGUCGUAUAGUCUGUCCUUUGUUUUUGCCUUGUAGUGAGCCCAAAUCAGCAUGUCCACAGAAAAUCAUAGGCAGGGAAGUCUAGUACUAGGGAAAUUUGAUCUAAAAUGACAGAUCCUAGACCUUCCCUGGAAUGUAGCUGCCACGGACCCAAGUGUAAAGACAGAGCCUCUUCUGUCUAAGAAAAAAUCUGAGAGUGCUCACUAGAAAAACAGGUACUAGGACUCUGAGCUAUUUGGAUGCUCUAUUGAGGGAAUAGAGGUUUUGAAAUAUGUAAUAGGCUACAGGACUUUUGGAGGCUGGGCUGUGAACCAUUCAACACACAUAACAUGCCUUUGCUGAAUACUCAUCUGACUUUAGCAAAAUUUGUCUUCCUGAAUAGCCUAGUUGUUUUGUACUCCCCCACUCCCAAAGAAGAAUUCAUUUUCAUCUGUUUUCAAAUUACUACAAGGAAGAGUGCUCUGUUAGCAUUUAAGUACUGUGUUGUGACUGCUCUGUUGAUUAGGCUGCAGUGUUCUCAGCCAUAUAGAGUUUUGUAUUUCAACAACUUGUCACCCUGAGGUAUAACCAGGAUGCUCAUUUACCUAGGGAGGGGUAAGCAAUCCCUUAUCCAAGGUCUAUUUGAGUGAGAUUGAUGAGAGCAGCAGUGUUGUGGAAAUCUAGGUUUGCAGCAAAAGAUCAAAGUGUUGUGGACUAGUGAUGAAAGAAGUGGAAGAACUUUGUUAGAUAGAAUUGGUGGGACGUUAGGAGUGGUUGAGAGAAAGGAAUCUGCAGCACAAAGUUCCAGGUUGUGGCUUGAUCAACUGGCUUGAUGAUACCUGUUAGAGUGUUCAGGUGUUCAUUAGAUGUCAUUUGAAAGUGGGACAAGCAGGGGCAAUGAUGCAUGCCUCUAGUCCUAGCUCCUGCAAGGCUUAGGAGAAUCAUUUGAGCCCAAGAGUUUGAGACCAACCUAGGCGACAUAGUGAGACCUGUCUCAAAAAAGAAAAAUAAAGUGGGGGAAAUGAAAGUGUGUAAGACAUGGAAGAAAUCAUCUGUGCCAGGGACUUGGGGAUUUAACCUAGAGGUGGUAAAGUUGCUGGAAUAGAUAAAAUAUUCAAGAUAAGAUAAAAAGAGAAAGUGGCCCAGAAUUGAACUCUGAAGUGCAUUUAAUGGAUGGGCAAAGGAAAAUUAACCAGUAAAGGCGACAAAAUGAGAAGUUUGAACCAUAGAGGAGUAAAACCAGGAGAGUGGCUUUUUUAUACAGGAGGAAUGAACACAUUGUCAUAUGCUAUUGAGAGGUCUAGUAAAAUGAGAGAGAAGUCAGAUUGCAGUGGGUGAAGAUUGCUGAGCAAUGGUGAGGGCCUGUUUGAAUUUUUCAGUGUAUUCAUGAAUUAUACCAGUCAACCCAAUGAUGUGGUUGAUUCCUACUGAGGAAUCUAGGUGUAACUGUGAAAGAGGUGAGUAUUAAGGGAUCAUCCAGAGUUGAUAUUGUGCAAUGGAAAUGAAAGGAUAGUGAGCAAAGAAGUUUUAGGCUCUCACAUGUAAGCGAUGUCUAUGCUGGAUUGUGAAGUGUUUUAGAACAGGUAGGAGAGUGAAGAUAGGGGUAAGUUGUUGUAUGACAAGUUAUAUGGUAAUCAGACAAGUGACCUGGGAAGAUAGGAAGCUGUUUCAGAAAUCAGAAUGCCUGGAUUAUUAAUUUUAGAAGCAGAGCAGCUCCAGGUGAUAGUAGUCUAGGGUGUGGCCUCUGGGGGUGAGUGCCUAAGAGGUGUGCAAGGGAGAUUGCCUGGAGAUUGAAUAAUGAGAUGAGGGGUCAGGUAUUAUGAGAAAGGGGUUGUCUGCAUGGAUUUGAAUUUCUCCAGCAUGAUAGUAAAAGUUGACAGUGGAACAGGUACCAACUUCUUGAAGGAAGGAUAGGCUCCAGAAGUUCUACAGACAAAGAAAGAACAGUUUAUACAACCUACUAGAAGGUCUUCCAUGUUAGGGGUGAUAUGAGCUGGUGAGUGGAGCUGGCUGCCAGGCAGCCAACAUAAAACGCUCUGACAGUCCUCUCCAGUUUCAUGGAACUUACUGGGGAGACUGUUGUGGCAUUUCUAUGAGGUAGGAGCAUCCUGGGAUAACCAAGUUGGAGGCAAGCCAUAAAGUUUAAUAAGUGUGUUUGAUUAUCAGAGUAGCUCACUGUAGCAUACACAAUCACUUUUUUAGCUCUGCAUUUGUGUUUUUUCCCAAAUGUUACUAACACUCAUAGCUCUGGAUUAUUUCCUCUUUUUUCUCAUUAAACUCAGUGGGCCAGCUGGGGUCUGCCUUCUUGCUUUCCUUCCUUAUAAUUUGGAUUCUCCCUUUGCCUAUUCAGAUUCCAGCCACCUGAAUAAACAUCAUUUGGAUCUGACUCAGGCCCUAGUGUCCCCACAUCACUCAUCCUGAUUCCAAAAGCAGUACUCUCCUGAUCCUGAUCUGGGUCCUGGCUGUUCUGUCAUCAACUUUGGGACAGACUUGUUUAAGUCCAUGCUUGGGCUUUAGUGUUUUUUGUUGAGAGUCCAUACUAAUGGGAAAAUAAUGCAUGUUCCUUAAGGAAUAACAGCAUGCUCACUGAUUAAGGAACUAGAAACCUGUGUGACUAAAACUGAUUGAAGGAGGGACAAGAAUAGUAGGAGAUAAAUUGAAGUGGAAGGGUGUUACUGGAUUUUGAAAGGCAGUGGCUCUCAAACUUUAGAGUGCAUUAGAAUCACCUUCAAGGCUCAUUAUUUUGCAGAUUACUAAGCCUUCUUCAUGAGUUUUUAGGUCAGUAAAUUAAGAUCAGGUCUCACAAGUUCUUUUCUGGUUGCUUGGAUUUUCUCAGUGAAACAGGAAGCAAAGUUGUUGGUUGAGAGUGAGAGUGGGGAGUGGGUGUUGGGAUUUAAAGAAAAGGAGAAAGUGAAUAUCUUUUCUAGGAGAAUGGAUGAAGGAAUGAAUGUAAGUAUUAGUACUGUCUGCAUUCAUAGCAUACUAGAAGUUCAAAUCAUAAGUAAAGAGGAUGGGAUAGGAGCAGACUGGGGCAAGAUUGCUUUUCAGAGGGCUUGUUUCUUAGUGUACAGCUGGUCUGUCAGAACCUAACCCUGUCUUUGGGGAGGGCAGGUUUCUGCCUUCUGACUUCAUGUCCCUUGGGAACUUCACUGGGACCAUUUGGGAAGCAUGAGGUACUAAUUCCUACAGGAAUGAUGGAAUUUGAGCCCUACCCAGGAAAUGUACAGGUCAAGUAAAGGCUCAUAAACUGUUUCAAUGGUGGAGUCAAGGGAGUGCUGCUGCUUUGACAUUGGUCUCCAUUUCCAGAAUUUCCUCUGGCAAGUGAUGCAUGAAUGUAUCCUCUGUGCCCCUUACAGGAAAGAGGGAACUGUGGGGUGGUCUUGGAUCUUGUCCAGUAGGACCAUUUUGAAGAGGCAAGAAGACUCAGCACAGAAAAGUGAGGAGUGUGCCAUGUGUGAACUGAAGAGGGAGUUCGCAGGGGACCACCCAGAAUAUAUAUACAUCCACCAAGGUCUUUUGGUGACAGCAGGGAUUUACCCUUUAAAUAUCUGUCAGGCACAUAGGGCAUAUAGCCACCCAGUCAAGUCAGACUGUUUUUUCCCCUUAUUUCUCUCUCUCAGGACUUGGGCACAGAAUAAACAGCAGCAGUUAGGUAAAGAAGAAGUGUGGGAGAAAAGAGCACUACUCCAUUCCCCAGAGCAGGCUCCUUGACUUUUAAGUGGGGCAGAGCCGGGAGGGGAAAAGAUUUAAUGCCACUAUCGUUACACAGAAUUAAAUAUUAUUUGUGAUUAUGUUUUGACCUUAAACUAGUCAUAGAACUUUCUGUUAACUAAGGACAGAGCAUGGUGGUGCACACCUGUAAUCCCAGUGGCUCGGGUGGCUGAGGCAGGAGGAUCAUGAGUUCAAAACUAACCUCAGCAAAAGUGAGGUGCUAAGCAAUUCAGUGAGACUCUGUCUCUAAAUAAAAUACAGAAUAGGACUAUGGAUGUUGCUCAGUGGUUGAAUGUUCCUGAGUUCAAUCCGUGGUCCCAAAAAAAAACAAAAAACAAAAAAACUCCCAACCAUCUGUUAACUUAAGAAUCUCACAGAUUUACUGCAACUUUUUCCACAGCAGGAAAAGAGUACUCUCCAAUGAUUACAGUUUGCAGAGGUGUUCAGAGAAAAGAAUAAAGUUGGUUUGGAUAUCUUUCAGUCUGGGCCUGGUACUUGUUCAGCACCCCUUUUAGAAGUCUCCAAGUAAACAGGUCUUCUGCACUUGUGUGCUCCUGCUU